AUGCAGCCUCAGGAGCAACACGAAGUGAUUGUGGUGGGUGCAGGAAUCGCUGGUCUUGCAGCAGCAAAGACGUAUCUUGAGCUGGCGCCGGAAACAGAUCUAUUAAUGCUUGAAGCGCGUUCGGCUGUAGGCGGCGUAUGGGCAAACAGCUAUGAAGGGCUUCAUACCAACAACCUCUACGGAACUUAUGAAUUUUCGAGUUUCCCACUUGAUCCAACCAAAUAUGAUGUGCAACCGGAAGCUCCCAUUCCUGGAUAUGCGCUCAAGCAGUAUUUCGAUGACUUCAUCGAUCAUUUCGAUCUUCGACGACGGACUCGCUUCAACACUCAUGUGCAUACAGUACAAAAGGCUGACGAGAUCUGGGGGCUUCACACCGACUCGGUACUCUACACGUGCAACAAACUCAUCAUGAGCCCGGGACUGUUCUCGACUCCGAAUGAAUUCUCGAUUCCAGGACAGGAAAGCUUUGGGAAACCUAUCAUGAAUCACUCUCAGCUCGGAACAACAGGCGCUCUGUUGGCAAAUGACCCAGCGGUAAAGUCGGUGACGGUGAUUGGGGCCUCAAAGUAUGGAUAUGAUGCCGUGUAUCUUAUGGCCUCUCAUGGUAAACGUGUGGAAUGGAUCAUUCGUAAGUCUGGAGGGGGUGCGGUCUGGAUGGCGUUACCAUGGCUUUGGUUUGGACCCUGGCGAUUGAAGCUGGAAGGCCUAACAACCACCAGAAUCAUCACCUGGUUCAGUCCUUGCAUCUGGGGAAAUUGUGAUGGGUUUGGAUGGGUGCGAGGACUGCUCCAUGGGACAGCGCUGGGAAGGUGGCUAGUGCGAUCAUUCUGGAAUAAACUAAACGGGGAUGCCAUUGAGGUCAAUGGCUACCGGAGAGAAGCGGCGUUGAAAGAUCUGGAACCAGAUGGAAGUGUGUUCUGGACGGGUCGUCUGGGGGUUCUCAAUUAUCCCACGGAUAUCUAUGAUUAUGUUCGGUCAGGGCAGGUGAGCGUAAAGAGAAAGGACAUAUCGCACUUAUCAGAAGGCCAAGUCAACUUUACCGAUGGCACAGAACUACAAACCGAUGCUGUGAUUAGAAUAACUGGAUGGAAGCUGGUACCAAGCAUCAAGUACGAGCCCGAGGGACUAGAAGGCAGCCUGGGGAUUCCCACCAGGAAUCCCUCCAAAGACCGGAAAGUCUGGGAUCAUUUCGACCGUGCCGCGGAUGAAGAGAUACUCGAUCGGUUUCCAGGUCUGCGUGACCAACCAGCUGUGAAGAUUCCGUACGAGCCCGGGCUCAGUCCUUUUCGGCUCUACCGCGGCAUUGCGUCUCCAGAGUUGACAGCCAAAGGCGAUCAGUCCAUUGCAUUCUUGAAGAUGCUUAAUGGACCAAGCAACGCCCUUCUGGUCGAGGUGCAGGCUCUCUGGACAUAUGCCUAUCUCAACAAUCAGGUCCCAAUUGACCGAUCGAAGGUGUAUUAUCAGACAGCAUUGACCAGUCGAUAUGGAAAGCACCGACAUCCAUAUGGUUUCGCGAGUUGGUAUCCAGAGACGAUCUUCGACGCGGUCCCGUAUUUGGAUAUGCUAUUGAUGGACUUGGGGAUCAACAGGUGGAGGAAGAGGAGCUGGGUGCGAGAGGUUUUUGAGGAGUACACUGUGCAUGAUUACAGGGAGAUUAAUCAGGAGUGGAAACAGCAACACAAGACGGUCUCUUAA